GGAGACAUACUGGAUAAAGGCUACGACAAAAAACAUGAUGAUAAUGGAGUCGAGGCGGUGGAGGAUGUCGGAUUUACGAGAAAGGACUGUUGAGAUUUGACAGAGGGCUCGUGUUGAAACCUUUUUUUUUCUUCUUUUCUUUCAUUUUCUGCGUGGACAUUGAAGGCUACCGGACGAAAAAGGGUGAGCACCCCCCCCCCCCCCCACCCCCCCACACGGAUGCCUCGGAAGGUAAAAACGGGCUACACUGCUGGAACUAGAAAGGCACCGAGACGCAUCCCCUCUCACGGAUCGGUAAUAAAAGGACAUCCCGAAGGAAGCUCCGGACUGAUGGAUGAGGAUGAAACCCAGCUUUAACCCACAGGCACUGUGAAAUAACAGGGAAAAAUCCUGUUUUGAUGGAUUUGUUUCUAUCAUUCAUGGUGUAGCCCCGAGGAAACGAGCCUUAGACAGCAAUGUUGAAUUACUGGUCUUGGUAAAUUAUUCAUUAUAGUGGUGUAGGUAGGCUAUGAUUUGUUUCUAUUGCUUCGAUGUAGCAUUCCCCCCUCAUUCGUUUUUACCAUGCUCAGCCUUGUGAUAUUACACACACAUUUGCAGGUUACAUUUUUCUACUGUGUGGUUAUGUAGGCCCACUUAAUAGCCUUUAACAAUAGCCAAAGUGGGGGAAAUUUAAGCACAUUUAGUAGAGAGGUUUUUUUCUUGUAAGAGGGGGUGGAAAGAGAGAUACACAACCCCAACAUGUUGCCUUCCCAAGAAGCCUCCAAGAUCUACCAUGACAAUUACAUGCGCAACUCUCGGGCCAUCGGGGUGCUUUGGGCCAUCUUCACCAUCUGCUUCGCCAUCGUCAACGUGGUGGUGUUCAUCCAGCCCUACUGGAUCGGAGACAGCGACAACACGCCGCAGGCCGGCUACUUCGGUCUCUUCCACUACUGCGUGGGCACCGGGCCGUCGCCCAGCCGCGAGUUCACCUGCGUGGGCAGCUUCUCCGACUUCAGCUCUAUCCCGUCCGGAGCCUUCAAGGCAGCCUCGGUGUUCGUGCUUCUGUCCAUGGUGCUGACCCUCAGCUGCAUCGCCUGCAUGGCGCUGUUCUUCUUCUGCAACACCUCCACCGUUUACAAGACCUGCGCCUGGAUGCAGCUGCUGUGCGGAGUGUGCCUGGUGCUGGGUUGCAUGAUCUUCCCCGAUGGAUGGGACUCCGAGGUGAUCCGGGACAUGUGCGGGGAGCAUGCGGGAAAAUACUCACUGGGCGAUUGCUCUGUACGCUGGGCCUAUAUGCUGGCCAUCAUGGGCAUCCUGGACGCCCUCAUCCUCUCCUUCUUGGCCUUUGUCCUUGGCAACCGGCAGACAGAUUUCUAUCUUGAUGAUUUGCAGACAGACAACAAAGAUUUUGCUGUGUCAAGGAUUGAAGUGCGGGACAGAAGAGAGCCGAGGUAUGGAGUACAACGCCUUCACUGAGGGCAACAACGGCUCUGGACAACUUCAUUCCUCUUCUCUACUCUUUAGUAUUCGUUUCUUUCCCUCUCUUUUCUUCUCCCCUUUUCUUCUCUUAUCCCCAAUGAUCAGGAUAUCACCCAAUCUUAAUGCAGAGACCAAGAGUACAGGAUUCUGCAAGAUAAAAAAAAAAAUACAACUAAAACACAAUAGGAUAAACUAUAUUUUCACAAAAUUUAAAUCAAACAACGUUGUACAGUGCAUUCAACUCUCGACUUUCUCAAUGAAUAACUUUUAUGAUGAAAAAAGAGUGACAGUAUUUUGAUCUGUGUGAACAAUUCAACCCUUAAGAUGAAGAACCAUAUUGUCGUGAUUUAACAAUGAUUUAUUUCAAAUGUUGCUCGUUAAAGACUUUGAGUUUGUGUGUUCCAGACUCGCAAUACAGCAGCAGUCCAUUACUUAGUAUUCGAGCACUUUAACAUUGACUUGUAUGGCUCUUCAUCUAAGGACUUUUCAAGAGUGAGGAAUUUAAAAGGAGUACCCCAUUGCAGCUUUACAGAACGUAACAUCUCUGGGAGAUUCUCUACUGUACAUAGGUAUCAAUGUAAAUAGCAUUACAGCUGAAGAAAACAGCCGACAACAAAACCUCAUCUGACUCUAAUGCAUUUGAGUAUUUCUACCCUUGGUUUUAGUGUUCCUUGUGCCAGAAGAGCAUUGGAGUACCUGGACAUCCAUUGCGAUUAUAAGAAAACCCCACCUAUGGUUUGGUGGGUUUAAAAGGAUGGAAUAACAAAGAUAUCUUAAAUGGAUAGUUAGCAGAAAAGGAAGGGACUGAAUCAGAGUGAUUGUACAUUACAAUUUUUUUGACAGGAAGGAAAACGUUUCCCCUGCAUCAACAUGGCCUUUAAAAAAGCCUGUUAUUGUAGUAUUGCACCUUACAGUAUAUAUAGAAAGUGUCAUUGCUGAACUGAUUUGCAGCGGUCCUAGUUCGGCUUAGAAGUCCCGUUUUUUUCUCGCCUUUGUAAUACCCUUUCACCAGAGUGCAGUUUACUCCAGUUUAUGGUUCCAGCAUACAGUGAUCAGUUUACUCUACAGAUGUCUUAAGACUGUGUGAAUAUGGCUGUAAAGAGUCGGCCUUCUCUCAGAGGGAAGCCCCAAGUGCUGCAUUGUCUUAAGGUGAUGUCACUUAUUUGCCUCUUUGAAUAAGCAACGCUGCAUAGAAUAGUCAAAGGAAUCAUUAUUGGGAUAAAAAUCUCAUAUAAGUAAAGAAAGAAAUCCGUACACCACAUAAAAGGUUUGCCUUUGUACCAUAAGUCUGUAGACUAUACUAUGGCUUGGUGGACUACCAUUAUAUCUUGCAACUAUGUUAUAUACAUUUUAUGUCAUUAUGUGCAGGGCCGUAGCCAGGAUUUUAGAAAAUACCAAUAGACAAAGUCCUCCGAAGGCACAGCUCACACUCCCCAAUAAAGUAGCCUCAAGGUAGCCAAACAAAAAAUAAAUUGGGUCUCAUGCAGGAGCAGUUUAUAGUCAUAUGUACAUAUGUUCCAAGUCAGAUUCAACAAAAACCCAAGCGAAGCAGAGUUGCGACAACUGCUUUCAGAAAUGAGUAGCUAAAUAUAUAUAUUCAUUGAUCAGGUCAGAAGAACUAUAAUAUACUUCAUAUAAAUGAAGAGAGAACGGUUUGACAUGGAUUUAGUUUCUUAAAAAAUCUAAGAUCAGGUCAAUGCAAACGUGGUUUUCCCGUUAAAUCGUCAAACAAAGCAAACUUUUAAAAUGAUAUAAUGAAUUCACUGAAUUUACAGAUUGAAUCUGUGUACUUCUAUAAAUUAAAGUAAAAAUAGGUGUAUGGCAUUCUCAGCAAGUUGGCAAGCUGAACCUAUUUCUUGAACAAAUUCAGAGUGUUUUUCUCCCUGUGCAGAACGCAGAGUAUCUGUUUGUGUCUGACAUAGAAUUUACGAUUGCAUUUUUUAUUUCAGAUGAAUCGGUUCAAACUGUUCAACUCUUUCUUGCAUGAGGCCCGUUGAGUCCAAUAAUUACAGAACCUAUAAAAUAGCCAACAUGUGUUACAGUGCUGACACAAUAACAGAAAAUAAAGUCAAAGAUAUUCAAACAAUAUAUUAUUUAUGUAGCAUUGUGACGUCCCACCGAUAGUACCAAGACUAUUUUUUCUCAAACAAUAACAACGUACCAUGAUGUAGCACCGGUAUCAGUGGUCGUGAUCAAAACAUACGACGUGAAUAACGGGGGGCACACAAUCAUACCUGAGAGGUAAUUGAAUCCAUUUCAAUGAACAAUUCAAUCACACAAAGGUGAUCUGCAGCAGUUUAUUUUUAACGGGCGACCUCACAAUGGAAUUACAAUCCAAUGAGGAAUUUGACUGCAUUAUAUUUAACUGUUAUUCAUGUUACAAUUGUUAGGGAUGCACUAUUAAAAAGUAUUCAUCUUCAAAAAUCUGAUGGAAUCAAUAUUUAUAUGAAACAAUUGGCUGUUCAUCUGAAAGACUUGACUUUACAUGUAAUACCAACAAGUCCUCCAACCCAUACUAUCACAUAGGUUUUUUGUUUCUACCCCUCUAACCCUUACGCUAAAAUAGUUUUCCCAAAUUCAGCUUACCGAUAGCAGGACAUCAGCAUGUCACAGCUUGGUUAGGUUUAGGUAAAAAGACGUUAUGUAUGUUUAUCUAGGGGUUAGGGAUUAUAGUUAGGGUUAAAAUAAUUAAGGUUUGAUACAGAACACAAGUUACGGAGCCUACUUAUCUAACUCACCUUAUUUAUGUCCGUCACGUUUCUUAAGUAAUUUAGUUAAAGACAUUCAAUGUUCAUAUUUGGUUGUCUUGGUGAAAGCCUUGACCCAAUCAUUAGUCCCGGCCUCCUUGCAACAUGGAGUUUGCGCUCUUUUACUACGCUCUGUGACAUUUUACUCAGCCCUUUUAUAACAACAAAAGCCAGUGCCUGUCACCUAUGAAAAUAAACAAAUAUGGGAGUCAUACUUGUACAAAAAACCUUAUGGGUUUUCUUUUUGUAAAAUAUGUAUUGGGUUGGUUUAAGGUCAAAUCUAAUUUCCAGACAGAUUUGGACUGUAUUAGUUAUUAGUGCAUCCCUACAAUAUAUAACUAUAAUGAGCAGAUAGCUAGAUAUGGAGUUUGUUUAUCAGAAUGGUACAGCUUGCUAACUCUCAGGAAGCUGUGAACGCAGUACUGCAUUAAAGGCUCAUUAUGGGAAUAACAAACAAACAAGUUUAGCAUUUGUUUGUCGAUGCUUUUGUGAUAUGGUCAUUGGCCAAACGAAACGUUACUCCACAGCCUCCCUUGUUAGUUGAGUUUCAGUUUGAUACAUUAUGUACUACUCUGGGUUUCCAAGCUGGACUUUUAAGACACGGUAACAGCCCUUAUGUUGAUUCUAAUGAUGCUGUCCAUGCAGGCCGCACAGACUGCAUGGACAGCAUCUACCAAUCAUCUUAGAGUAGGAGUGGUGGGUCCUCAUUCACAAAGUUUCUUUCACAAGCAUUAGUGAAACAUCUGAAAUGGUAUUUACAGACUUCAUCCAUUUGGUAUUGCAAGAAAUAUGUUUUGAAAUGUACAUGACCAUUUGAAAAAUCUGUGCACUUGUUUUAUUAUCUAAUGGCAUACAUGGCGGUAAUGUCUGUCAUAGUAUAUAUUGUGAUUUUAGACAUCUACUAUAGCGUGCCUCUCUUAUUUGGGAAUUAUUUCAUGGGCCCCAGUCCUAGAGAAAUCGAAGUAAAUGGAAAUAUCAAAGAAAAAUGCCCUGAGGACUGAGCGAUCGCAUCAGGCUUCCAAGCAUGAUUGCCUGUGUGAUCGUUGGUCUGGUCUCCUUUCCGGGUACUCUGUUCCUGAGGACUUGAUGAUGAACUGAAAAUACCUUAACAAGGAACUGACAAUACCUUAACCCUGAUGAGCACAUAUUUGUACUACUCCAGGUGCCUCUAAGAACUCUUGAUUUAAUUCAGAAGUGGUGCAGAACCAGCAAAACAAGUAGUGAAACUGUAGUUAUUUUCUACUAAAGACUACAAACUCAGACUGAGCUCUGAAGAUAGAUGGUUGUCAAGCAGAUUUGAGGUCAAUUCAGUUUCGUGUCAAACUGUUUAGACGAAUACAUUAAGAAUAUCGUGUUCUCCCUUGUUAUUGAACUUGAUCGUAGAAACAUUUUCAUAUGUAGAGUUAAAAACAUUGAUUUUCAGUUUUUUUCAGUUUGAUUGGACUGCAAAGCUGAAUUCACCUCAAUCGCAAAUUACAGAAUCAUAUAUGAAAAACAAUGAAAAGCUAAUAAAAAGGACACUGAGUUGAUGAGAACUCAUUUUGAAUCUCGAGCAGCAAACAAAGAGUUUGUUGACUAUGUAAAUGUCAUUCAUAUAUCAAUAAUUUUCAGUAUGGUAUUUAUCAUGCAAUAUCAUGUAUUAAGGAAUUGUUG